AUGACAACUAAUCAGCACGGAUGGAAUGUUGAUGAUUUGAAGUUAACGCCGUCACUGGAAGAUAAACAUCAAAAAUGUAUUGAAUGCAGACUAUGGAUAUACCUUUCACCCACUUUCUUGAUUAUUCAAGGUCAACCUUCCAAGUGUGUCAAUUUUCGUGAGUUAGCUGUCAUCAGCUUGAAAAAUGUAAGCAACUUAAUAUGCAACUAAAAUAGAUGUACAAUAUACUUAAAUCUUCAUCAGGAAGUCAAUUGCUGGAUAAAUUUAAGAUGUUAAAAGUGAACAAAGUUGAAAUUAACAGGAAUGAAAGUGACUGGGAAAGCGUAUUUCGGUAUUUUUCAUUUUUCGAUGUGAACCGAUGGGAAAUAAAAAUCUCAAAGACAAUGAAUACAUGGUGCCUUUGCGGCUAAAUAAGGAUUUGGGUGU